AUGCGAUUCUUCAGCCUCGCAGGGCUGUUCGUAGUCACGCUGGCGACUCACGGCCAGGCGGAGGUCAACCAGACCUUCCACAAUCCAAUCUUGCCAGGUUGGAACUCCGAUCCCAGUUGCACAUUCGUCAAAGAGCUAGAUAAUACCUUUUUCUGUACGACGUCGUCUUUCUUGGCCUUCCCUGGUGUGCCCGUCUACGCGAGCAAAGACUUAGUCAACUGGAAGCAUGCGAGCAACGCUUUGACGAAGGCGGAUCAGCUGCCGGAACUGUACAGAAACUCGGGCCAGUCAGAGGGCAUAUGGGCUUCAACUAUCAGAUAUCAUGAGGGAACCUUCUACCUGAUCACAUCAUACGUCUCGUGGUUUGAAGGCUGGGGGCCGAAGAUUCUCUUGUUCACGACCAAGGACCCGUACGACGACUCCGCUUGGACUGGUCCCCUUCACAUCGAGAAUCCGGCAGACGACAUCGAUCCAGACAUCUUUUGGGAUUCUGGCAAGGUGUAUAUGUCCGUUGCUGCGGGAAUCUACAUUAGCGAGAUUGAUCUCACGACAGGCUCUGCGACGGAACCACUCAAGACGGUUGGACAUGCCGACCUGUUCCAGGAUGCGUCUGGAAACUGGUGGGGCGUUGCUCUUGCCACUAGAUCUGGACCAGCAUGGGAGAACUAUCCUAUGGGGCGAGAGACAGUCCUUUUCGCCGUCACUUGGGACGAGGGCGAGUGGCCAGUCUUGGACAGGGUGCGAGGCACGAUGACUGGACCACUACCUCCAACAAACAAGAAUAUCCCAGGGGAUGGACAUUGGGCAGACGAGCCCGAUGUUGUCGACUUCGCACCUGGCUCAGAUAUCCCCAGGCACUUCGUCUUCUGGCGCCCUCCCAAAGAGUCCCUGUUUGCCAUUUCUCCCGAUGGACAUCCGAAUACACUUGAAAUAUCGCCUUCGCCCGUCAAUCUUUCGGGGACACCAGACUUCAAUCCUCAAGAGGAUGGCCUCGGCUUCAUCGCACGCAAACAGAGUGCCACGUUGUUCAACUACACCGUCGAUGUUGACUUCAAGCCGGAGGUAGAAGAGGAAGAGGCAGGCGUCACGGUGUUCCUGACCCAGGUUCAGCACAUUGAUCUUGGAAUCGUCAAUUUGCCAGGUUGCUCCAACACAACUUUGAUUCCGCACUUUAGAUUCCGUGUCGAAGCAUCUGGAAAGCCCAACAUCACCGUGCCAGAGGAGGUAGUUCUCCCAGUUCCAAAAGCCUGGCGGUCUGAUCCGGUGCGUCUAUUCGCCUCGGCUGUUAGCGACUCUGAAUACGUUUUCGGAGCUGCUCCAAUCUCUAAGCCCGAAGAGUACGUUCAAAUCGGAUCUGCAAGCGGUUUGAUCGUCUCUGGAGGUAGCGGUCCAUUCACUGGCACAAUCGUCGGAGCAUAUGCAACGAACAAUGGCGGAGAGGGCAAGACACCGGCGUACUUCAGCCGAUGGAGAUACACUCAGGUUGCGCAGAAGAUAGACAAUGACGAAGUUGUACCAGUCAACUGA